AUGUGGUACAAGGGACAGAAGAUUGCGGUCUGGGGCGACCAGAACAAAGCCAACGGACACUUCGGAGCGGAGGAGAAAUCGCGAAGCGCGAUCGCCGGGAAAUUCGAGGACAUCCCCAUCAUCGAUAUCUCGGGGAUUCAUUCGAGCGAUAUCAACGAGCGCAUGCGCGUUGCGGGACAGAUUCGAGAUGCAUGUGUUCGCGUGGGCUUCUUCUACGCCAAAGGGCACGGCGUUCCACAGGACAUAAUCGACAAGACGUUCGAAUGGGCGGAGCAGUUCUUUGCGCUGCCGUUCGAAGACAAGAUGGAGCUCUUCAUCAAUAACCAGGGCAACUACCGCGGAUACACGCCCCUCUAUGGGAGCGGUAAACCGGACGUCGACGGGCUGGCGAACGCGAACGAAGCGUUCGACUGGGGCCUCGACAGCAAAUUAAACGACGACGCGGGCUACGACUGCAUGGACCCUUUUAUGCAAGGCCACAAUGUAUGGCCACGUCAAUUGCCAGGCUUCGAGGACCAUUUGUCCGCCUACUUCGGAGCGCUCCGGUCGCUGGGCCGUGUACUGGCCCGCAACAUUGCCCUGUCUCUGGGUCUACCGGAAGACUUGUUCGACGACUAUCUCACCCAUCCGGGCUGCUCGGCCGUUGUGGCGCACUAUCCGCCCCUGGAAUCAGGCAGUACCAAGUUGGGCCUUGACCCUCAUACCGACAACGAAUUUCUAACACUCCUGGCGCCAGGAAAGGUGCGAGCGCUGGAAGUUCUCAACCGGGACGGGCAAUGGAUCUCUGCGCCGCCCAUUGACGGCACGUUCAUCGUGAAUGUCGGCGACCAACUGCAAAGGCUCACGAACAACCUGUACAUCUCGACCAAACACCGCGUGAUCAACCACACGGGCGAAGAAAGGAUUUCGGUCCCCUUUUUCUUCUCGGCGAACUGGGAGGCCGUGAUUGACCCGUUACCCGAACUCGUCGGCAAGGAUACUAAGAUCGAGUCGAACAAUGUCACGGCCGGCCAGAUGUACAAGCAUACGAUGCUCGCCCUGCAUAUGCCGGCCGACGCCAACCCUACUUUCAAGAAAUAUCUCAAAGCUUAG